AUGCCCGGGCGGCAUCCAAGUGAGUCUCACUACAAGAAGAUCAGCGGGAACACAAUAGAAUCGAAGCAGUUUGUCUCGUCCUCGGGGCGGGGAGGCAAACACGCAAAGAGUAAAUACAGGCAGUCACAGACCUAUGUAUGGGGUAUCAUCGAUGGGGAGGGUACAUUAAGGGGCGGCGGCGGGUACAGUAACAUUGUGCCAUAUCGCAACAUGUCAGCGCGUUGGCAUUUGGGCACGUGCUCGGCCGGAGGCGUUGGUUCUGGCAGCCGGCAAAGCCGUCUCCAGCCUUACUAUUUGAGUAUGGAUCCCUCUAUUGGCACUGAGCAGUAUCUGGACGUCAUAGUUGAACAGGUACACCAAGUGGAAGCAAGUUUUGCCCAUCCCUUGGGCAUUCACACUCUGCGCUCUCAAGCCGCUCUCGAUGCCCAGCACCUUGCCGCUGCCACUGAACCCAAUGUGCCUUGGUCACGCACCUAUUCUACCUACUACGAACGCAUAGUCACCUAUGCUGGAGGGGUAGAAUUCUCAUGCCGUUACAUCAACCGUGACGGACGCCGCCUCUUGUGCAGCGUACAGUUUAAUAUGUCGCGUGCAUGCCGACUGGUGCAGCUGGAAAUAAUCGCAGGAAAUGGGCAGCGGUCAUACUACGAAGAUGAAGUCCCCAUUCCCAAUGUAGCACCAAUUGAAUUCCCCGAGUACGCGUAG